CGUCCUUCAUCUGCCUCUUACUUUUACUUUUUUAUAAACUUAUUUGUCUGCUCGACUGAAUUGUGUCGUGUUUUAAAAAAUUGUGUACCCGGUACACAUAAUAUUAACUUUUAUUUCACUUUCUCAGGGAGCUAAUACCAAAGAGCGUCGCUCUUUUGGUUUAUAAACAGUUUGUGAAUAAUCGUAAAAUUACUGUGAUAAGUGUUUAAAAAUUUAACUCUUUUCUAGUUGGCAAAAAAUAAAUUUAAUCGUGCUUCUGACAUGCUGCUAUUUAGGAAUUCUUAGAUAUAAAUAUAAAAUUAUAGAACAAAAAGGAUAACAUACAUCUAAAAGUUUAAGGAAAAAAAGUGUGCAGUGCCGAUAUGUUGCUGAAGAGUGCGUUUCUGAUAUGUUAUGCUAUUGCGUCCGUAUUGGGCAAUAAGCAUGUCAAAUUAGAAAAUGGUAAUUAUGAUAAUCAAGAAAGACAAAGCAGAGUAUCAAAUUUUGCCCAAAGAAUUCAAAAAGUAGAAUCAAAAAUUCAAGAUAGUGGUAAUGUUGAUCAAGAUUUAGAUCCUGCUAAUUUUAAUGAUAAUGCCCAAAUAAAUUCGGGUUCAAAAAGACAAGCAAGGGUGGAAUUGGAAAAUUUUAGUAAUACUGGUGUAAUUCAAGAAGAUGCUAUAAAAAAAAUUGAUAAUUUAAAAAAUAAAAAUGAAGAAACAGAUAUAAAUAUUUCAGGUGUUCAAGUAAGUUCUGAAUAUCCAACGACAAUGAGACCAAUUUUGACAACUGAACGUCCGUAUUCUCAGUCAUCUUAUGAUUUCGUUCCAGUAAAUUUAAUUCCAAAAGAUUAUAAAGAAUCUUGGACUCCAUAUUCUAAUCGUAAUUUCGAUUAUCUCAGUGACGUUAGUUUAGUACCAGCUGGUUCUAACUCUCGAAUUCAGAUAAAGAAGGGUCCUAAUGGAAAAGAUUACGAAUAUGAAUAUGUAUACUACUAUUACGAUGAAGAAGAUGAAUCUAAGGUUAGUGCGUCAAAUAAUAAACAAGAAGGCAUAAGAACAGCUCCACCAUCAAGACGUGGAAGUAAUAAUGGUAAUAGAAGCAAAUAUAGUUCAGUUGAGCGAACGUCAACCGUUGAACCAGUUGGUAAUGAGAUCAUUCCUAAAAAUGGUAACCGAGGAAGGAAUCUUGGUGAGAGUGAAGAAAUCUCUGAAGAACGAUUACCUACAAACACACGAUUUCCACCAAGGUCUAGAUCUAAUCAUAAUACAGGAACGACCGAGAUCACUCGCAGUCGUGGAAACCGUCCAAGACCCAAUUUAGAUUUAGUAGACUCUAGUAGUUUUAGAACUCAUCAAGAAGGUCCGGAAUUCCCUCAAACUUUACCCAAAGGGCCCGUAAGAUUUUUAGGCGUCACUCCAAAUGAAAAUGACGAAGAAAAAUAUGUUCCAAGCCGAGAAAAUUCACAAAAAGUUUAUGAACCAGCUCCAGUAGUUGAAUCUAUUAAUGAAACACCAUUAACUCAUAGACGAAGACCUGUCACUGAACCAAUGAUUGAAGCGGUAUUUAGUGGUGAAAAACUUUCCCGACCCCUUUCAAAAAGUAGUGAGGAGAAAUUCGAAUCAUCGUCAUUACCAGCUCCCAAAGAUGAGAGACCAAGUUACAUUAACAGUAGAUAUAAUUUAGAAUCAACAACAGAAGUAAUAACUACUGAUGUUCCAACAACGGUAUAUUCAACUGCAAUGGACAAAGUGGCUCUCGAUCUUUAUGCAUUUCUUCAACAAGGUCGAAGCAAUGCAAUUGAUGCUGCCACAGAGGAUAUCAGUGAUAGCACCACGAUAUCGGAUGAAGAACUCACUACAGACAUACCUACAACAACUGAAAUUGUAAGUCCAACAACGACUGAAAUAUUAACUACUACCACCACUGAAGCUACAACUACAACUACUACAACUACUACGACAAUUGCACCUACAACAGAGGCUACAUCAACUACAACUCAAGCGCCAGUUGGAAAAGGAAAAUUCCGAAGACCCGGUAUUCUCGGUAAUACGGGAAAUAGAAAUCGAAGCAAGAGCAAUGGAUCUAGUACACCUGCUACUGAAGUUUCUCCGACAGAAACAACUCAAAAAUCUCGAAGUCGUUACGGUGGAUCAUCUAGUGGAGGAACGAAAAGAUCUAAAUCAGGAACAAAGCAACAAGUACAAGAAGAAAAAAUUCAAAAAGACAAUAUUAAUAAUGUGAACUCUGAAAAGCUACCAAGUGGACGUACUAGAUAUCGCAGUACAGUUUCCAAACCUAUUCCUUCAACGACAUCCAGCCCAGGAACGUCUUCUACUUCUAGUGGAAAUCCAUCAGGAGUAUCACGUCCGUCAUUUAAUAAGAUUAAUAUUAAUCGACGCCGUGGUAGACCAACUACAGCAGCACCUACGACAAAUGAAGACAAUAAAAAAGACGCUGAAUCACCGUCACCCGAUGAGACUCAAGAGCCAGUCACUACAACGACAAAAUCUCCUUUGCGUCCAAAAUUGCCAGGUAUAGGUAACAGGCCAACAAGGCCCGGUGCUCGUGUUAAUAUCAGAAGACCUGGACAAUCGACUACUACUACUUCGACAACAGAAGAACCUAAAGUAGUUGCUGAAGAGCCUGCUGGUGAAGGCACUGAAGAAGAAACACAUGAGACACCCGUGGAGACCAGUCCACCUGCUCGUCUUACCACAGUUAGUCCAUUAAAUAAGUUACGGUCAAAAAAUCGGCUUCAAGUACAACCAAAAUCGACUACCCGUGCGCCAGUUAAUUCACCACGACGAUCACCACUUCUUCCUCGUCGUAAAAUUACAGAAGCCCCGAUUGUUGAAACAAGUCAAGAAAAUUUGAUACCUACAAUUAGCAGCGAACCAGCAGUUAUUGAUUCUGAAGUAACUGAAGCUGUAUUGAUAGAAACUAGUACCGCAGCGAGCACAAAACACGAAGAGACGAGAAGUUUUAAUGGUCUAUUGGCACCACGACGUAGGUUACAACCCCGCCGACCUGGACAAAUAUUAAAUCGAGAAUAAACAAUAAAUUUGUUGUUUAUGUAAUGAAUAAUACUCUUAUUCAUAAUUUAAAUUUACAAUUGAUAUCAGAGGCAAUAUCUACAUAAAAAAAAAAAAAAACUUAAAAAAAAUGAGAAAAAUGCUUAAGCAGUAAGCUAGUCUUCAUGUAAGUGCACUUCCGAAAUAUUUGAAAGUGCCAUGUAGGGACAUGACGUAUGAUAACAUAAAUAAUCAACAAUUGCUUUAUUUGAGCAGUAUAUGAAUAAACGUAUCAUAAAGUAAUAAGUGAUUUUAUACAAUAAUAAAAUUGUUGAACAUAAUAGACAGAAAAUGAAGUAAAAGUUAUCUAUUUUAGUCAUUUUCUCUGUAAAAACUAGAGAAUAAAAAUACAAGUGGAUUCUUUGUGUGAUGAUGAUAAUAAAGAUGAAAUUAUACA